UUCUUUCCACGUGCGUUUCUUUAGAAUAUUUUACCGCAAACCACGCGUUGUUGAGUCUCUCUCUUCUCGCAGCCAAACUCGGUUUAUACUAUUUAGUUGUGCAUCAAUUACUUGCUUUUUAAAUAAAUUAACAAUAUGGCACUUAAGAAAGUAGCAGCAGCUUCCAAGCAGGUGAAAAAGCAGCCGGUUGCCAAGCCCAACAAACGCGGCCCCAAAGCCAAGGCUUUGGAUGAGGAGGUGGUGGCCACACAGACGCCAACCAAAAAGGGCAAAAAGCAACCAAUUCCACAAGCGGAACCCAGUGAUGAGGAAUCCGAAGCCAGUGAGGAAGAAAAUGGUGUCGAGGGAAGUGACUCCGAGGGCGAGGAUGAGGGGCAAAAUGGUUUGAUUGAUUCUCAAGCUGAGGAGGAUGAUGAUGAGGAAGACGAGGAUGAUGAUGAUGGUGAGGCUAAUGUUACUAAGCCAAUCGCUGCCAGCGAUGAUGAUGAAUCCGAGUCGGAUGAUGAUGAGGACGAAGAUGACGAGGAGGAGCCUGGUGAAAUUAAGCCAGGCAAAGUAACUCAGAAAGCCGAUUCGGAUGAUGAGGCUCCUGUUGAGGCACCGAUUGCCAAAAAAGAAAAGAAAGUAGCCAAGAAGGAGACAGAGUCCAAAGAGGAAGAAGAUGAAACCAAUGUCAAAAAGGGCGGAAUUCCCAGAAUUAAAAUUUCCCGUAUACCUAGAGAUACACCCAAGAACCAAAUUGUCUUUGUCAGUAACUUCCCAGCUGAAUUCAAGCAUAUCGAUUUGGUUGCCUUGUUCACCAAGUUCGGACCUAUCUCGGUGGUCAAUCGUAUAAAGACUCAUUCGGGUACUACUAUCGUGCAAAUUGCAUUCGAGACACCCGAAGGAGCUGAUGCCGCUGUGGACGCCCAGCCAAAGGCUUUAACCCUUAAUGACAAUGUGUUGGUCGUAUCUCGUCCAUUCACCAGAAAGGAAACGAAUGCCCUAACCGUUGUUGUUGGCCUAUUCGGGCCUUUGACCACCAAGACAGAUUUGCAUGAAUACUUUUCCAAAUGCGGUGAAAUUAAUUGUAUCAAUAUGUCUCAGAAUCGUACCAAUCCCACGGCAUAUGUCCGUUUCGAGGCUGCCGAAUCGAAAGAAAAUGCUCUGAAAUUGCACGGCACUGAACUGAAUAAUCGUUUUAUUACGGUGAAGGACGAGGCGGACAAGAAGGUGACCAAAACGUCAGAAUGUACCAUUACCGUCGAGAAUCCAAACAAACUUGAGUCCUACAAUUCUAAUACUGUUGAGAAGAUAUUCAAGAAAUACGGCGAGUUGGCUGGCUUCGAACUGCUCUGCACGGCAUCGAUAUUCGCCUUUGUUACCUACAAAGAAGCCGCUAGUGCCGAGAAAGCCAAAAAUGCUUUAAAUAAUAAGACGGUUGGCGAUCUUGAAUUGAAAAUUUCGAAUUAUGUUCAUCAGACCUCGGCACGUACCAUUUUGGUUAAAAAUUUGGCCUAUGGAGUUUCUGAAGACGAUUUGAAGACCUUGUUCGGCAAAUCCGGUGAAAUCGAGAGCAUUCAAAUAAGUAACUUUUCGGCACAAAUCAAAUUUAAAACCGAUGACGGUUUUUGCAAAUCUUUCCUUCUCAAUGAUCUUGAGGUGGCCAAUCAGCCGAUUUUCAUUGAACCGCACUCCUUGAACAAGUCUAGAUGGAUGAGACAGACCAGGCCUGAAACUAACAACGCGUUUUCCCAAAAUAAAUUCAAUAAAUUUGGCAACAGCAAUGGCAACCAUUACAAUAAGCGUCCGGCGCCAAACCAUGGUGGUGGAAGAGGUGGAAUGGCCAAUAUGUUCAAAAAGGCCAGGAAAUUUUAAUAAGUUUUUGUUUUAGAGAUUAACAAACAAACGUAUAAAACUACAUACAUACAUAUAUAAUAUAUACAUACAUAUAUUACGUUGCCAAUGCAAAUUAUGGAAAAUGCAUCGGUCCAGUUUUAGUUUCUAAGUCUUUUGCUGUAUUUGAAUAAUUUACAACAUGCAAAUUAAACAGAAAAUCAAAUGCUAAA